AUGUCGAUUCUACAGAAGAUCAAAGAGAUAGAAGAUGAGGUAGGUGUUUCGUGUUUUUUGUUGUAAAUUUAGGUUUGGAGAAAGAUAUGGAUGACCCUAAGAUUAAUAAUGGCAGUGCUAUGGCUUUUAACAUUUUUUAGAAACGACUUUGUCAUUUAAAUUUGUAAAGCCAAAGUUAAAAGUGAAUUUAUACUGUUUUAGGUUAAAACUCGUAAAUUUGUCUUGUAAGAACGUUGUAGCUUUUUGAUUUACAUAUGUUUAUAAAUUAUAGUUUACUAGUAGUAAAAUAAAGCAUUUUUAAAAUUUCUUUUAAUUGUGGUAAUAUUUUUUGCGCUUUAGAUGGCCAAGACCCAAAGGAACAAGGCCACAAUGGGUCACUUGGGUCUGUUGAAAGCUAGAUUGGCUAAACUUCGCCGUGAACUUAUUUCUCCAAAAAGCGGAGGUGGUGCACAAGCUGGAGAAGGCUUCGAUGUGGCUAAAACUGGUGAUGCUCGAAUUGGUUUUGUAGGUAGGCUAUUUUCUGUCUGUGUUAGUAUUACAAGAUCGGUAAUUUUGGAUUGAGUCGUUGAAAGUGUGUGUUUGUUUUCAAAGCUGUGUGAGUAUAAGGAUUUUAUAAAGGAAAGAUUUGAUGUUGUAAAACAUAUACCUGGCUUUAUAUUUGAUUUUAUCGCAAUUUUUUACAAAAAAAUUGAUGUUAUUCAUGUUAAAAUUUAUAAAAAGUUCAAAAUCAUUUAAAACUAGGUUAAAAUAUUGUUUAUUCAAUGGAAAUUUUAUCACAUAGGACGAGAUUCAAUGAAAAUUCAUUUUUUUAACUGUUGGAAGUGGUAAAACUUUGAGCAGAGAACUAAACAUAAAAUUCUUGUGAUAAUGUACAGAUAGUGCAAUAGUAAAAUGGUAGGAAGCAUUGGGAAGUAGAGACUGACACCGUAUAGGAACACCGGAAAAUAAAUAUUAGGUAGAGACUGGUUUAUAACAAUGUUAUUUCAGAAAUACAUAACUGA